AUGAAGCCUACGCGUUCUAGGAGCAGGAAAGCUCUCGCUAUUGGGGCUGAGCAGAGUAAUGUAGCUCAGCAAGAAGGUAUCUCUGAAGGGCAGGAAUCCCCAAGGACCCAGCCCGCAAACGAAGAAGCCAUAACCCGCAUGGCCGAGUUUGUGACCGAGAAUCCUAACAUUUUCGAGGAGUUAGGGAGGUAUUUCAAGAGACAAGGCAAGCAAAAGGCCGAGUCCUCUAAAAGGAAGUCGGACGGAUCCCCUGAAGUUUCGUCUGAAGAAGAGUCCGAUGGGAGACGCUUGAGCCGAAGUGCGUCGAAGAAAGCAUUCUCCAAGGCCACCUCUAAGGUAGCCUCCCUGACCAGGUCUCUAUCAAGAGGGCUUUUGGGCCGACGACCUGAGGAACCUCGGCCCACUGAGAGAGCCGGGGUGGAUUACCAGAGGGCUCCACCCUUCACCGAUGACAUCAACGAGGAGAGACUCCCUCCCAACUUCAAGCUUCCCUCGAUACCGUCUUAUGACGGCCGAGGUGAUCCGGAAGACCACAUUCAUGCCUUCAUCUCGGCCUUCCGCCUAUAUUGCAUCCCUGAUCCCGUCAUAUGCCGGGCUUUCCCGGUAUUCCUCCAGGGAACAGCUCGAAAAUGGUUCUGGGGUCUAGAACCUAGGAGCAUUUCAACCCUGGGGGAAUUAGUGGAGAAGUUUCUUCACCGUUUUGUUUCCUCCCGACCGACGACCCGGACCUCGGCUUAUCUGUUGAACAUGCAGCAGAACCCGGGGGAAUCACUUCGGUCGUAUGUCCAGAGGUUCCACGAAGAAAGCGUGCAGAUACCUAACCCUAAUGAGCAGGUCACCAUUGCCGCUUUCACCCACGGGCUCGUUGCCGGGGUAUUCAACACGGGGAUCCAUAAGAAGUAUCCCCGUUCACUUCACGAAUUAUGGUUGAAGGUCGAGAAGGGCAUACAGGCCGAGGACCUCAACCGUAUGAAAAAAGAAGUCCAAGCUGCUCGCCCGAGGACUGACGCCCGAAGAGGGAAGGAGCCUAGCCGAAGUGAAUCGGGGACAGGAACUGGCUUCCAGAGUCCCGGCCGAGAUCGCCGGAGUGUGUUCGACAGGAUCUCAAAGGGAAAGUCACAUAUUCCUGAAUCCGAACUGACUCCCUUAAACACUUCCCGAUCUCGCGUACUGUCUGUAAUGGAGCAGAACAACCUCGGGAGGGCCCCUCCCAAGAUGUUCGGCAACAAAGACAAGAGGAACUCGAACCUCUACUGCCUGUACCACCGGGACAUCGGGCACGAAACUGAGGACUGCAACGAUCUCAAAAAAGAGAUCGAGAACCUCAUCAGACAGGGCCACCUGAAGCAGUUCAUCCGCCGAAGUGGCGGACAGCCACGAAAUGAACCCCGACGUGACCACCGGGGUGACCCACGCCGGGAUGAAAGGCGGACAUCAAGAAGCAGUUGUAGGCCCCCGGAAGAUCCUAGGGAGACAAAAAGGCCUCCCCGAGACGGAUCCCCAGGCCAUGGGCUGGGGUAUGGAUCCAACAUUGCCGGGGUCAUCAACACAAUUGCUGGAGGUCCGACGGGAGGAGACAGUCAGAACUCCCGAAAGAGGACCUACAGGCAAACCAACCCGGAUCAGGCCGAGACAAGUGCUCGCCUAUCCGAGGUGAUCACUUACGGGCCUAGUGAUCCAGUCCCGGCUGCCUCCAGCAGUCACGAGGCCUUGGUGAUCGAGGUCCUCGCCAAUAACUACAUCGUGAAAAAGGUCUACAUUGACUCGGGGAGCUCCGUUGACGUCAUGUACCUCCGCACCUUUGAAAGCCUUAAACUGGCCAGGGAGUGCAUGACCCCGGUGAGAACCCCUCUUGUCAGGUUCGGGGGACACAUUGUGCACCCCGAAGGGAUGGUGACUUUGACGGUGACUAUAGGGCGUCACCCCCGCAGCAGAACCAUUCCCGUCAAUUUCGCAGUAGUCAAAGCUGACUCCCCGUAUAACUUACUACUCGGCCGACCUACACUUAAUGCUUUGCGGGCAGUGUACUCCACCUACCACUUAAGCUUCAAGUUUCCUACUUCUGCGGGGGUGGCCGAGGUCAGCAGCGAUGUCUGCGCUGCCCGAGAAUGUUACCUCGCCACUCUGCAAGCAGCCUCCCCAUCAACCUCCGGGGCAAGGUCCGAGAAGAGGUCAAAUAUCCUCUCAAUAGAUAGCAUUGAUCCUCAGCGAGCUGAGAAGAUCCCAAGGCUGGAGACUGGGGAUGAGGUGGAAGAACUCCCUCUGGACCCCACGAAGCCUGAUCAGACAGUUCGCGUUGGUACCCGACUGCCCGAUCCUGUUAAAAGAGGCAUGACAGACCUCCUCAGAAAGUACCGGGACGUCUUCACGUUGGCCGCGGAGGAGGUUCGAGGAGUUCCGCAUCACCUCAUGAUACAUGAGCUGAAUGUCGAUCCCCAAGUCCGCCCGGUCAAACAAAAAAGGAGGCACCUCGGCCCUGAGCGUAGCCGAGCUGUGGGCGAAGAAGUGGAUAAGCUCCUCCCUGCAAAGAUCAUCCGGGAGGUCCAAUAUCCGACCUGGUUGUCCAACCCGGUCAUGGUGAAGAAGGACACCGGGACCUGGAGAAUGUGCGUCGACUUCACCGACCUCAACAAGGCUUGCCCCAAGGAUUGCUACCCAUUGCCUAAGGUCGACACUUUGGUAGACUCGGCAAUGGGAUAUGAAGUCCUCUGCUUUUUUGACGCUUUUAAAGGGUACCACCAGAUCGGGAUGAGUCCGGAGGAUCAGGAAAAGACCGCCUUCUACACUGACAAAGGCACAUAUUGCUACACCACCAUGCCUUUCGGACUAAAGAACGCCGGGGCCACAUAUCAACGCUUGGUCAACCAAGCCUUUAAAUCUCAAAUCGGUCGGACUGUCUAG